AAAAGUAAAAGUAUUUGAAAUAAAAAGUAGAUAAUUGUCUUCACAAUUCAGUAGUUCUUUAGAAAUUAAACAGACAAGUUCGAAAUGACAGCCCGUAAAAUGUAUACCAUUUUUAUGGUCUUGUUUUUGAUACAGGCUGCUUUUUGCCAACCCUUAGACAAUUCAGAAAAUACCAUUGUUUCUACCGAUAAAACUCCUGAAAUAGAGCCAAAGCCCUCCCUAAAACUUGUGAUCUACCUCGCCGAUAACUUAAUAAGUUUAGGUCAAAAAUAUACUGCAAAAUCUUAUAACGUAAGCCGUCUUCUACUAAAUGACGAGACCUUAAAUGCCAACACUAAACCAGAAGUUCUAGAGUUUAAAACGAAUUUGAAAACGUUUAUAGAAAACUAUGAUGCCAGCAAAGAUGUGACACCAAAUUGGGAUAUAAUGGAAACUUAUGCCAACAUAACCGAAUACUAUUUUGGUCUAACUGAUGAAAAUACAACACCUGAAGCAACAUUUAUUGUGGAUCUGUUAAAUAAAUAUCAUUGCAAAGAACUAGAAAUGGAAUUUGUCAGUGAGGUUGAGCCAUUUGUGAAGAAUUUCAAGCAAAUGUUUGAAGAGAAUAAAGUAAAUUUGGAUAAGCCCUUGUUGGAUUGGUAUGAGAAUUUUGAAACUAUAACAGAUUUUCAGGAAAGAUUUAAUGCCUUUAAUACAUUUAUAUUAAUGGUUUAAGUAAAGAGAAGCUAUGAAAUAUUAAUAAAAAAAAGUAGUGAAAUAAUUAAAA